AUGGGACCGUCCAAGAUUGUUUUGGUCGUGGGUGCCCUAUUGGCCUUGGGCUCCGGAACGCUGUCAACAAUGGCUCAGAACGGUCAGAACGGUCAAGGGCCAACGUACAGAGUGACCCUUGGGGAAGAAGGUGAAUGUCUGCAGGAAAUCGACACUGCUCGACAGGCAGCUGGACUUGCCAAAUUUAUCCAGCCAACUGCUGAUGAGGCCACGAAACGACUUCCUUUGGAAACAGUAUCGAAUGCUUGGGAUCCACUUUGCAAGGAUUUGCUUAACCCCACUGGGACCAAAGCCCUAAGUCGAGAAGACAUUCAAGAUUUCCAAGAUGGUACAUAUGCAUUUGAAAUCCUAACCUCUGGUACAGUAGACUGUAAGGCCACAGUGGACCUGUGGAAGGGAGCCUUCAAAAACUUCUCUGGACUACCCCCAGCAAACACCGAUGCGGCCACAGUAUACCAGGACAAACUCAACGUUUCUUUUGUGGCAUUGUACAAUCCCUCCACCGGUGCUACUGCAGACUGCAGACUAGUCACAUGCACUGAGAUUCCUGCACUGCAGAAGUCCGCUACCGGUGAUGGAGAGUCGAACCGCCAGGCCUUCAUAUUCGUUUGCAUGACUUUUCCUGAUGUACUUGAAAGGGAUCAAAAGGCUCCCUUCACGCAAGAAGAGUGGGACAGGAUAUCCGCUGCUAUCACAGGCUCCGCAGCUGUCGCCUUCCCAAGCUUUAUUGUAAUCGCAAUGACAGUGCUCAGCAUUGCCAUGCUUUGA